GCCCAAGCCGUGGAAUGGUCCAGGCCGUGGUGAACCGCUUCGAUGAGCAGAUGAGGUGGGGAAUUUCUUUUCCAAUUGGACCCUGCACAAGAUGUCCUCCAUGACAGUGCCAAACACCUUUGCUUCCAAUUAAAGCUGGACAGCAGACUACACACACCAAAGUCAGCACUGAACACAACAAGGAGUGUCUUAUCAACAUUUCCAAAUACAAGUUUUCUCUGGUUAUAAGUGGCCUCACCAAUAUUUUAAAAAAUGUUAACAAUAUGAGAAUAUUUGGUGAAGCUGCUGAAAAAAAUUUAUAUCUCUCUCAGUUAAUUAUUUUGGAUACACUGGAAAAAUGCCUUGCUGGGGUAAGUGAUUUGCAGCCAAAGGACACGAUGAGGUUAGAUGAAACAAUGCUGGUCAAACAGUUGCUGCCGGAAAUCUGCCAUUUCCUUCACACCUACCGGGAAGGGAACCAGCACGCAGCCGAGCUUCGGAGCUCCGCCUCUGGCGUCCUUUUCUCCCUCAGCUGUAAUAACUUCAAUGCCGUCUUCAGCCGGAUUUCCACCAGGUUACAGGAAUUGACUGUUUGCUCAGAAGAUAAUGUUGAUGUCCAUGAUAUAGAAUUAUUACAAUAUAUCAAUGUGGAUUGUGCAAAACUAAAGCGGCUCUUGCAGGAAACUGUAUUUAAGUUUAAAGCCUUAAAGAAGGUAGCUCAACUAGCAGUUAUAAAUAGCCUAGAAAAGGCAUUUUGGAAUUGGGUAGAGAACUAUCCUGAUGAAUUUACAAAGCUGUACCAGACUCCCCAGACAGAUAUGGCGGAAUGUGCAGAAAAAUUAUUUGACUUGGUGGAUGGUUUUGCUGAAAGCACCAAACGUAAAGCUGCAGUUUGGCCACUGCAAAUCAUUCUUCUUGUCUUGUGUCCAGAAAUAAUCCAGGACAUUUCCAAGGAUGUGGUUGAUGAAGCGAAAAUGAAUAAGUUUUCUACACUGUUGACCACUAUCACCGCCUGGAUACUUUCUCCUUGGCUUUGUGAUACCGAUGUCUCAAUUCCUCUUUCCUGCCAAAUCACUCGUCCUCAGUCCUCCUUUAAAAUGUUUCUCGACAAUCUCAGAAGAGCGCUGGCCGGCCACAGUGGGAGCAGGCAGCUGACAGAGAGUGCCGCGAUCGCUUGUGUUAAACUGUGCAAAGCCAGCACCUACAUCAACUGGGAGGAUAACUCGGUCAUUUUCCUGCUCGUCCAAUCCAUGGUGGUGGAUCUGAAGAACUUGCUCUUUAAUCCCAGUAAGCCCUUCUCCAGAGGCAGCCAGAAUGCUGAUGUGGACCUCAUGAUAGACUGCCUGGUUUCUUGCUUUCGCAUCAGCCCUCACAACAACCAACACUUUAAGAUCUGUUUGGCCCAGAACUCCCCAUCUACAUUUCAUUAUGUGCUGGUAAACUCCCUCCAUCGAAUUAUCACCAAUAGCACUUUCAAGCAUGGACUUGGCACUGCUUCCGCCCUGGAUUGGUGGCCCAAGAUUGAUGCUGUGUAUUGCCAUUCUGUAGAACUUCGAAACAUGUUUGGUGAAACGCUUCACAAGGCCGUGCAGGGCUGUGGGCCUCACCCCGCGAUACGAAUGGCGCCGAGUCUUACAUUUAAAGAAAAAAUGACAAGCCUUAAAUUUAAAGAAAAACCUACGGACUUGGAAACAAGAAGUUAUAAAUACCUCUUAUUAUCCAUGGUGAAACUAAUCCAUGCAGAUCCAAAGCUGUUGCUAUGUAAUCCAAGAAAACAAGGGCCUGAAACUCAGGGGAGUACAGCAGAGUUAAUCACAGGCCUUGUGCAGCUCGUCCCACAGUCCAGCAUGCCAGAAAUAGCUCAAGAAGCAAUGGAGGCUUUGCUGGUUCUUCAUCAGUUGGAUAGUAUUGACUUAUGGAAUCCAGAUUCACCUAUAGAAACAUUCUGGGAGAUUAGCUCACAAAUGCUUUUUUAUAUCUGUAAAAAGCUAACUACCCAUCAGAUGCUUAGCAGUACAGAAAUUCUCAAGUGGUUGCGAGAAAUUUUGAUCUGUAGGAACAAAUAUCUUCUUAAAAAUAAGCAGUCAGAUAGGAGUUCUUCCCAUUUCCUCUACCUUUAUGGGGCAGGCUAUGAUGUCUCUUCUGGUGGAGGUACCAGUCAUAUCUCUCUAGACCACGAGGAGUUUAUGCGUACCUGUGCUCAUGGACCAUCUCUCAGGAAAGUGAAAGGAAGCUCCUCAAUGGACGGUGCAAUCGGGUCCAGCGGGACGCCCAUCUGCCGCCAGGCCCAGACUAAGCUGGAGGUUGCUCUGUACAUGUUUCUGUGGAGUCCCGACAUUGAAGCCGUGCUCGUGGCCAUGUCCUGCUUUCGACACCUGUGUGAGGAAGCCGACAUCAGGUGUGGCAUAGAUGAGAUCUCGGUGCACCAUUUCUUGCCAAACUAUAACACCUUCAUGGAGUUCGCAUCUGUCAGCAACAUGAUGUCGACAGGAAGAGCAGCUCUUCAGAAAAGAGUGAUGGCCCUGCUCAGGCGCAUCGAACACCCCACCGCUGGAAACACCGAGGCUUGGGAAGAUACUUACGCCAAAUGGGAGCAAGCUACAAAAUCAAUCCUCAAUUAUCCGAAAGCCAAAAUUGAAGAUGGCCAGGUUGCUGAGAGUCUUCACAAGACCAUUGUGAAGAGAAGAAUGUCUCACGUGAGUGGAGGGGGCUCCAUAGACUUGUGCGACACUGACUCGCUACAGGAGUGGAUCAACAUGACUGGGUUUCUCUGUGCCCUUGGUGGCGUGUGCCUACAGCAGCGGAGCAAUGCCGGCUUUGCCACCUACAGCCCUCCCAUGGGCCCUAUCAGUGAACGCAAGGGCUCUCUCAUUUCCAUGGUGUCCAGCGAUGGAAACGCAGAGACGCCUGUCAGCAAGUUCAUGGAUCGGCUGCUCUCCUUGAUGGUGUGUAACCACGAAAAAGUGGGGCUGCAGAUACGAAGCAAUGUCAAGGACUUGUUGGGUCUUGAAUUGAGUCCUGCCCUUUAUCCAAUGCUGUUUAACAAAUUAAAAAAUACCAUCAGCAAGUUUUUUGAUCCUCAAGGACAGGUUUUAUUGACUGACACCAACACCCAGUUUGUGGAGCAGACCAUAGCCAUAAUGAAGAACUUGCUUGAUAAUCAUGCUGAGGGUAGUUCUGAACACAUGGGACAAGCUAGCAUCGAAACUAUGAUGUUAAAUCUGGUCAGAUAUGUUAGAGUGUUUGGGAAUUUGGUGCAGGCAAUUCAGAUCAAAACUAAGCUGUGCCAGCUGGUUCAAGUAAUGAUGGAGAGGAGAGAUGACCUUUCAUUUUGCCAAGAGAUGAAAUUUAGGAAUAAAAUGGUAGAAUAUCUGACAGAUUGGGUCAUGGGAACAUCUAACCAAGCUGCAGAUGAAGAUGUGAAAUGUCUAACUAGAGAUUUGGACCAGGCAAGCAUGGAAGCAGUGGUGUCAUUGCUCGCUGGGCUCCCUCUGCAGCCUGAGGAAGGCGAUGGGGUGGAAUUGAUGGAAGCCAAAUCCCAGCUGUUCCUUAAGUAUUUCACCCUCUUUAUGAACCUUCUUAAUGACUGCAGUGAGGUCGAAGAAGAAAAUGUCCAGAUUGGGGGCAGGAAGCGCGGCAUGUCGCGAAGGCUGGCGUCCCUGCGCCACUGCACCGUGCUGGCAAUGUCCAACCUGCUCAAUGCGAAUGUAGACAGCGGCCUGAUGCACUCUAUAGUGCUAGGAUUGGGUUACCACAAAGAUCUUCAGACAAGAGCCACCUUCAUGGAAGUCCUCACAAAAAUCCUUCAGCAAGGCACAGAGUUUGAUACGCUCGCAGAAACCGUGUUAGCUGAUCGAUUUGAGAGACUUGUUGAGUUGGUCACGAUGAUGGGUGAUCAAGGAGAGCUCCCCAUAGCCAUGGCUCUGGCCAACGUGGUGCCUUGUUCUCAGUGGGAUGAACUUGCUCGAGUCCUUGUUACUCUCUUUGAUUCCCGACACUUACUGUAUCAGCUCCUUUGGAACAUGUUUUCUAAGGAAGUUGAGCUGGCAGACUCCAUGCAGACACUUUUUAGAGGAAACAGCUUGGCCAGUAAAAUCAUGACCUUCUGCUUUAAGGUCUACGGUGCUACAUACCUGCAGAAGCUUCUGGAGCCUUUACUCCGCUUUGUGAUCACAUCCUCCGAAUGGCAGCACGUCAGCUUCGAGGUCGAUCCCACCAGGUUAGAGCAUACUGAGAGCCUCGAGGACAACCAGCGGAACCUUUUGCAAAUGACUGAGAAGUUCUUCCACGCCAUCAUCAGUUCUUCCUCCGAGUUCCCCCCUCAGCUACGCAGUGUGUGCCACUGCCUGUACCAGGCAACUUGCCACUCUCUACUGAAUAAAGCUACCGUAAAAGAAAAAAAGGAAAACAAAAAAUCAGUUGUUAGCCAGAGAUUCCCUCAGAACAGCAUUGGCGCCGUGGGGAGUGCCAUGUUCCUGAGAUUCAUCAACCCUGCCGUUGUCUCUCCCUACGAGGCAGGGAUUUUAGAGAGAAAACCGCUCCCUAGAAUUGAAAGGGGGUUGAAGCUGAUGUCAAAGAUUCUUCAGAGCAUUGCCAAUCAUGUCCUUUUCACAAAAGAAGAGUAUAUGAGGCCUUUUAACGAUUUUGUGAAAAGCAACUUUGAUGUAGCACGGAGAUUUUUCCUUGAUAUCGCAUCUGAUUGUCCUGUAAGUGAUGCCAUAAACCACAGCCUUUCCUUCAUCAGCGAUGGCAAUGUCUUGGCUUUGCACCGUCUGCUCUGGAACAACCAAGAGAAAAUCGGCCAAUAUCUUUCAAGCAACAGAGAUCACAAAGCUGUUGGAAGGCGACCUUUCGAUAAGAUGGCAACACUGCUUGCCUACCUGGGACCUCCAGAGCACAAGCCUGUGGCUGACACACACUGGUCCAGCCUAAAUCUUACCAGCUCCAAGUUUGAGGAAUUCAUGACAAGGCACCAGGUACAUGAAAAAGAGGAAUUCAAGGCUCUGAAAACAUUAAAUAUCUUCUAUCAAGCAGGCACUUCCAAAGCUGGAAAUCCUGUUUUUUAUUAUGUCACACGAAGGUUCAAGACUGGCCAGAUCAACGGGGAUUUGCUUAUAUACCACGUCUUACUAACUUUAAAGCCAUAUUAUGCAAAGCCAUAUGAGAUUGUAAUGGACCUCACUCAUGCCGGGCCUAGCAAUCGCUUUAAGACAGACUUCCUCUCCAAGUGGUUUGUUGUUUUCCCGGGCUUUGCUUACGAGAACGUCUCUUCGGUCUACAUCUACAACUGUAAUUCUUGGGUUCGGGAGUACACCAAAUACCAUGAGAGACUGCUCACGGGACUCAAAGGCAGCAAAAGACUCUUUUUCAUAGACUCUCCCUCAAAACUGGCUGAGCAUAUCGAUUAUGAUCAGCAAAAACUGCCAGCCGCGACCUUGGCUCUGGAUGAAGACCUCAAGGUGUACAACAGUGCUCUCAAGCUGGCUCACAAGGACACCAAGGUGACCCUCAAGGUUGGCUCUACUGCGAUCCAAGUGACGUCAUCUGAGCGAACUAAAGUCCUGGGACAGACGGUUUUUCUGAAUGAUAUUUACUAUGCCUCUGAGAUCGAAGAAAUCUGUCUUGUGGAUGAAAACCAGUUCACUCUGACCAUUUCCAAUCAGGGCACUCCCCUCACCUUCAUGCAUCAAGAGUGUGAAGGCAUUGUGGCGUCCAUCAUUCACAUCCGAACUCGAUGGGAGCUGUCCCAGCCAGAUUCUAUCCCCCAGCACACUAAGAUCCGGCCAAAGGACGUUCCCGGAACACUUUUGAAUAUCGCAUUACUUAACUUGGGUAGUUCGGACCCAAGUUUACGGUCAGCCGCCUAUAAUCUUCUCUGUGCCUUAACCUGUACCUUUAAUUUAAAAAUUGAGGGCCAAUUACUAGAAACAUCAGGUCUGUGUAUACCUGCCAACAAUACCCUUUUUAUUGUCUCUAUUAGUAAAACCCUGGCAGCUAAUGAGCCACACCUCACCUUAGAGUUUUUGGAAGAGUGCAUUUCCGGAUUUAGCAAAUCCAGUAUUGAACUGAAGCACCUGUGUCUAGAAUACAUGACUCCCUGGCUAUCAAAUCUAGUCCGUUUCUGUAAACAUAAUGAUGAUGCCAAACGACAGAGAGUCACUGCUAUUCUUGAUAAACUUAUAACAAUGACCAUAAAUGAAAAGCAGAUGUACCCAUCGAUCCAAGCCAAGAUAUGGGGAAGCCUUGGGCAGAUUACAGAUCUGCUCGAUGUAGUGCUGGACAGCUUUAUCAAAACCAGUGCCACAGGUGGUUUAGGAUCCAUCAAGGCUGAAGUGAUGGCUGACACGGCCGUGGCUCUGGCUUCUGGGAACGUCAAACUAGUUUCGAGCAAGGUGAUUGGAAGAAUGUGCAAAAUCAUUGACAAGACCUGCCUCUCUCCAACUCCUACCUUAGAGCAGCACCUCAUGUGGGAUGAUAUCGCCAUUUUAGCACGCUACAUGCUAAUGCUGUCCUUCAAUAAUUCUCUGGAUGUGGCGGCUCAUCUUCCCUACCUCUUCCAUGUGGUGACUCUGUUGGUGGCCACAGGUCCCUUGUCCCUUCGUGCUUCCACACACGGACUGGUCAUCAAUAUCAUCCAUUCUCUGUGCACGUGCUCACAGCUUCACUUUAGUGAAGAGACCAAGCAAGUUUUACGACUGAGUCUGACUGAGUUCUCACUACCUAAGUUUUAUUUGCUGUUCGGCAUCAGCAAAGUCAAAUCAGCUGCCGUGAUAGCCUUCCGGUCCAGUUACCGGGACAGGUCUUUCUCCCCUGGCUCCUAUGAGAGGGAGACCUUUGCCCUGGCCUCCUUGGAAACAGUCACAGAAGCUCUCUUGGAGAUCAUGGAGGCUUGUAUGAGAGAUAUUCCUGCAUGCAAGUGGCUGGACCAGUGGACAGAGCUAGCCCAGAGGUUUGCGUUCCAGUACAAUCCCUCCCUGCAGCCACGAGCUCUGGUUGUGUUUGGUUGUAUCAGCAAAAGAGUGUCCCAUGGGCAGAUCAAGCAGAUUAUCCGCAUUCUUAGCAAGGGACUUGAGAGCUGCCUAAAAGGACCUGAUAAUUAUAACAGUCAAGUUCUGAUUGAAGCUACCGUGAUAGCUCUAACCAAAUUACAACCACUUCUUAAUAAGCAGGAGUCCCCUCUGCACCGAGCUCUCUUCUGGGUGGCCGUUGCCGUGCUGCAGCUGGAUGAAGUGGACCUGUACUCGGCGGGCACUGCCCUCCUCGAACAGAACCUGCACACCUUAGACAGCCUCCUGCACAUCUUCAACGACCAGAGCCCAGAAGAAGUGUUCAUGGAGAUCCGGCAGCCUCUGGAGUGGCACUGCAAGCAGAUGGACCACUUUGUGGGGCUCAACUUUAACUCCAGCUUUAACUUUGCCCUGGUCGGGCACCUGCUGAAGGGAUUUCGGCAUCCUUCACCUGUCACUGUUGCAAGAACUGUGAGGAUUUUGCACACCCUACUAGCAUUGGUUAACAAGCAUAGGAAUUGUGACAAGUUUGAGGUGAACACCCAGAGUGUGGCUUACUUAGCAGCUUUACUUACUGUGUCUGAGGAGGUUCGAAGUCGCUGCAGCUUAAAGCAUAGGAAAUCACUCCUACUAACUGAUAUCACAAUGGAAAAUGUGCCUAUGGAUAUAUAUCCCAUCUAUCACAGUGACCCCAGCCUUAGGACACUAAAAGAAACACAACCGUGGUCCUCUCCAAAGGGAUCUGAGAGACAUCUUGCAGCCAGCUACCCUCCUGUGGGCCAAACUAGCCCCCGAACCAGAAAAUCCAUGAGCCUGGAUAUGGGGCAGCCUUCCCAGGCCAACACAAAGAAGUUGCUUGGGACAAGGAAAAGCUUCGAUCAUUUGAUCUCUGAUGCCAAAGCUCCCAAAAGGCAAGAACAGGAGUCUGGAGUCACCACGCCCCCCAAGAUGCGGAGAGUGGCCGAGAACGACUACGAGAUGGAAACCCAGAGAAUCUCCCCUCAGCCACACCCGCCUCUGCGGAAAGUGUCCGUGUCCGAAUCCAAUGUGCUGCUGGACGAGGAAGUGCUCACAGACCCCAAAACCCAGGCUCUUCUUCUCACUGUCCUGGCUACUCUGGUGAAGUACACUGCGGACGAGUUUGACCAGCGCAUUCUCUAUGAGUACUUAGCGGAGGCCAGUGUUGUCUUCCCAAAGGUUUUUCCAGUGGUACAUAAUUUGUUGGACUCAAAGAUAAAUACUCUGCUCUCAUUAUGCCAAGACCCAAAUUUGCUAAACCCGGUUCAUGGAAUUGUGCAGAGUGUGGUCUACCACGAAGAGGCCCCGCCGCAGUACCAGACGGCGUACCUCCAGAGUUUCGGUUUUAAUGGUCUGUGGAGGUUUGCAGGACCAUUUUCUAAGCAGACGCAGAUCCCAGACUAUGCCGAGCUCAUCGUGAAGUUUCUCGAUGCCUUGAUUGACACGUAUCUGCCUGGAAUUGAUGAGGAAGCCAGUGAGGAGUCCCUCCUGACACCCACCUCUCCCUACCCGCCCGCGGUGCAGAGCCAGCUUAGCAUCACUGCGAACCUCAACCUCUCUAACUCCAUGACCUCACUGGCAACUUCCCAGCAUUCCCCAGGCAUCGACAAGGAGAAUGUGGAGCUCUCGCCAACCACCGGGCACUGCAGCGGCGGGAGGACGCGCCACGGCUCCGCCAGCCAGGUCCAGAAGCAAAGGAGUGCCGGCAGCUUCAAGAGGCACAGCAUCAAGAAGAUCGUGUGAAGCCUCCUCCCUUUGCUUCUCAAAAAACAAAAGCGCCCCGACGCCGCGGCCUGACACCGACUCGCUGCCAGCGGCCCCCGUCCAGCCCCCCUCCCGGCUGCCCGUCAGCCCCCCACGCACACACGCUCGCCCCCAGCCGGCGGGCCCCCGCGCUCCCCUGCUGUGAUGCUGCACUCGCCUCCUCUCUGCGUCCCAUCACCCAUGUGGCCAGAUGAUCAAUUCUGAACAGUCACCGAGCUCAAUGCUGCCUUUUCUUUUUGUUUUGUUUCGUUUCCCCCACUUGGGGCGGGUCUCGGUGGGUUUGAGUCGGGGUUUCAAACGGACUUUGAGAGCCUGUCUGGGGAGCUGGAGGGGAACCUCCCGGCGGGGGGGCGAGCGCCGUCCGGCGGCUGUGCUUUCCCUUCUCGGUCGUCCCCCAGAGCGAGGUGAGAAAUGGCGCCCGGGACCCCUUCGCGCUCUCUAACUUUCCGCUGUGGGCUAUCGGUAACAGUACAAGGCCGGAGGAACUCUGGGCCAGGAAAUUCGCGACCCCCACUGGGAGCCCGGAUGUGCAGGGCCCCUUUGGGGGGCAUCACGUUUCACAGGACGUGGGCGAGAACUGAACACUCGGAGCUUUAGCAAUAAUCACGGGGUGACGCGGGAGGCUGGGUCCCUUCUUGUCGCCAGAGUCGGAGCGCCGCCCAUCGAGACCCAUGCCGUCCGGCUGUCCGACCGGGCCCCCUUUCCUCCAGAUGUCUCUUUUCUAAGUCAUGGAUGUGCUACAGGCACUGAUCAUUCAUCACCUGAUGGGAAUUAUGCUUUUCCUUUUCUCCCUUUGCUCUCAAAAUAAUUUCAGGCAGGGUCAUUGGGGAUCAAGGAAGCCAGCGUGGCCGAGAGGCCACUUUUUACGUCUCCCGUUUGGCCAAGGGCUACUGAAGCCUAGACCCCCUUAGUUCCCUUGAGUCAAAUGAAACGGUACUUAAUUUCUGAAGUAGCUAGCUCUCUUUCGUUUAAGUUCGUCAGAUACAAAUUCCUGGUAGCUGCAUAUUAUCCGGUAUUUUCACUGUAAGGUGUGUGGCCGAAUUUGUUGCACCUUGAAAGAAAAGAAUCGUGAUAGUCAAACGCUUGGGUUUUAUGAGAUAAAAUUGUAUUUAAUCACUGUGAAAAGACGAGCAAACCCCGCAGUAAAGUCACCAUGGGGAGACUGCAAGAUGCUGCUAUGCUGCCAAAGGGCUUGGUUAGAGCGCCAACCUUUCACCUGUGGUACGGUGCAGGUGAUGACGACGCAGAGGGUCCUGCGGGACAGAUGGGCGUGGAGCUCAGUAGGCAGCGAUCUGGACGGGCACAUCUAGGGGAAACUGGGUCCUGUGAAAGAUAGGUUCAGCCUGCCAGCCCCUGCUUUCCAUUAGAUUAGAGGUAAAUAAAUGAUCGUUGACUUGGAAGAAAACUAGCGGCAGGGAAAGGGAGAGGACUUAGGGGUUUCCUGUAAUACUGUUUUAUUAGUGGAUUUCAGUAAACUAAAUUCCACAACUAAAUUAAUAAAGAAUGGUACAAUUAAGUGUUCAAAUUUUAAUAAUAUACACAUAAUCCACAUUUACUCACACAGUAACAAUGUAAUAUGUUAAUGUAAAUAAAUUGCCUUUUGUUAUAUUCAGAAAUAACUUAAUUUUUUAAAUUUGUUUACAGUCCUGGAAAAAAAAAAAAAAAGAUGAACACAAACUUAAUAUGCAAAUGAUUUGCCAAAAUUUUAAAAAAAAACCUUAGUAUUAAUAAUUUUCUUGACAUAGGUUUCUUGGGAAAAGUUGAAGACUUGUGCAAUUAACCAAACUUAAAAAAAAAAAAAUCUCCAUGCUCCAAAUGCUGCAGUAGAAUUGUGAUGGUCCCAGCACUCCUGAGCCCAUGAGGAUGCUACAAGAACAGAGCUGACCUUAGGAAUAGAGCAGUUACCUGUGCCAAGGACCAACUUUACCAUCAGUUUGUAGUCUUGGUUCUUUCAAACCACAUCCUCAGAUCCAGUGAAUCUGGUUAAGUACUUGUCUCAUUUCUUGGCUUUGGGAAUAUCAGUAAUUUUGACUCCAUCUUUUCUUUUUUAAUCCUUUUUUUGUUUGUUUGAUGAAUACAUUGAUGGAAAAAGGGUGUUUGCUUUGUUAACCACUUUCUUUGAAAUAGAAAACCCGAACAAUUUCUCAAUUAAGGUCAUUUUUACUACUGAAAAUGAUGAUUUUUGAUCCAUUCAACUUUUCCACAAGCAGAUUUUUCAAGGCAUGAAGAAACCAAGCCCCUUGCUUUCCAAUGGGAUUUGUUUGGAUUGAUUACCUCAGGUAAUGAUCAGCGUGGCACAAAUCAGAAUUAUUUGCCCUUCAUUUGAAACAUAGAAAGUCCAUCUUUCUGACCUACUAGUACAUCCUGGCAAAUUUAAAACCAUGGAGGUUGAAGUGGCCAUUUUUGGCAAAUCUUCACUUUAAAACAAAAUAAAACAAAAAAACUUGAGUUUUUUAAUAGAGCAAACAUGAACGGUUCAUAAUUUUGUCUUAUACCAAUCACCUUCCUUCCACAAUUUGGGCUAUGUUUUCUUACCAGACACUAGGAUCUGAAUAUCUCAAUGUCAGAGCACGUUACCCAUCAUGUAUCAUUUGUAGGGGUUUUUCCUGCCCCUUUUUUAAGAGGGGUAAAAAAAAAGUAUAUCAGUCAUUUCAGUCGUACAUAAUCUGUCUCAUAAACCAAUGGCUCAGUUCUCAUGUGCAUGCUAUUUUCCAUAAACGAGAAAUAUUUCACUUGAUUUAGGGACUGAGCUUUUGGGAAUUCUCACCAGGGCUCUAUUCCUAACUGAUCGGUAGGUUUUAGGGCUUUUCUGUUUUUUUUCUAGGGUUGGUUUUUUUUUGUUUUUUUUUUUUUUACUCUUCCACCCCACCCCUGAUGUAAUGAAGCAUGUCUUAUUCAAUGUUAUGCAACAGACUUACCACCAAAAAGUCACUCUUAGUGUCAGCCACAACAUUUUUUUUAAUGCAGUAUAUUCACCUGUAAAUAGUUUUUGUGUAAAAUUUGACAGAAAAGUAUAUUUACUACACUGUAAAUACAUGUGACAAUAUAUUGUAUUAUUUUGCUUUUUUGUAAAGCAGUUAGUUGCUGUACAUGGAUAACACAUAAAUUUGAUUAUUCUUGUGUUAGUAUUGUUAACUCCUUGCAAUUUGCAAUUACAUUAAGUCAUUUAAAAGAAAAUGCUGUGUACUAUAAAAUCACAUUGUUGUAUGAUAACUUACUCUUCUUUCCAUUGGGGCCUAAAUUCUGACAAUGUUUCCUUAUCUACAAUCCUGUUAAUAACUGCAAGUGAGUCUACAUCAGCAGGAAAACAGCUGCUGACACAAAAUCGAUAAUUCUAGGGAAAAUUGUAGAAAUCAGUUUCAGAUACAUGUUCUCUACCCCUAUUUUCCUCCUCAUGUAUGUACUCCCGCCCCCUUUUUGAAGUAAAAUGUAAAUUCAACCUGCUUGGA